UACUAGCCAAAACAUGUUUUAAAAUGGUAGUGGUACCUUAUAUAUUCAAGCUGAUAAAAAGACAUACAAGUCAUGUCAAGGGAUAGGGAGACACUUGUUUUUCUCAUUCUGACUGUCGUAGUACUUAAAGGAACAAUCGGUUUGUCAGAACAAUACAUAAAUUCUACCGUUGGUGACACAGCAUAUUUGCCAUGUAAGAAUAUACAGGGAAACAUAAUAAUUCAGUGGUUGCGUCUAAAUAAGAACACUGAAACCGUAGACAGUACCUUUACUACAACAUACACAGACGGUUGGACAGUAAACACAAAUUUACCACAUCACGAAAGGCUGGGGAUCGUUGGUAUAGAAGGUGGAGAAAAGUACACUUUGGAAAUAUCCAAUUUAACAAAAGAAGAUUCUGGAAGAUAUAGCUGUACAAUUGAUAAUCCAAAUGGAACUCACUAUUCCUAUGUCACAUUAAAAGUUGAAGACGUGCGGAACGAUACGUAUUUUACGAAUGCUAAUUACAAAGAUACAUCGAAGGCUUUGACGUUUUCUUCCUCAACAAGCACAGAAUCUGACAUUAUAACAGCUUCUUCCUCAACACAAACAACAGUUGAUAGAAUAUCAACUGAUACACCAGUUAAUCAUGGGCCAUCUUAUCUACAGACGUAUCUGAUCAUAACAUCAGCCACUAUAGUUAUAGUUUUCAUUGGUGUAGCAUCAUUUGUUCUCUAUCAAAAUCAAAAGCGUUAUAUUGCUGCUAUACAGAAUCAACUGCAUCACAGAGAAAAUGACAGGAGGCCUACAGCGCACAAUUCCUUAGUAAGAGAAUCAGAACAAAAUGAGUCAAACCAUGAAACAAUUCCAAAAGCUGAAUAUGAGAAAUCAUCUCACAGUGACGUUUUUAUUCGUUCUCAAAUCGACAUUCGUUUAUCAACUACUAGUAUUGUGAAUACUGAGGUCAAAACAAUAAAAAGUUCAUAUCAACCAGAACCUGUACAGAACACUAACGAUUUACUAUUUCAAGACAAUCCGUCAAGUAGAAUGAAUACUGUUAUGAUGAAUCAGUACGAACUACUGACUGACAACUGGUCAAAUUAUUCACCAGUUUACCAACAGAGUGUGGAAAGUAGUAUAGAGAUAGAACUAGAAAAUAAAAAGGUAGAUACUACGCCGCAUAUUUACGAUGAAUGUGAUGCAUCCGUCCCAAAAUCAGAAGUUGAUCAAACAUUAGUGACAGAAUGUACAGAUUCUGAUCAGAGCUAUCUUUAGUGAAGGAGUGUACAGAUUCUGAUCAGAGCCAUCUCUAGUGAAGGAAUGUACAGAUUCUGAUCAGAGCUAUCUUUAGUGAAGGAAUGUACAGGUUCUGAUCCAAGCUAUCCUUAGUCAUAGGGUUACAUUGUAUAUCUUCUGUUCAAAACUACAUUUAGUGACAGAAUGUGCAUAUCCUGUUAAAAGCUUUCUUUAGUGUAAAGGAUGUACAUUUCUAUUCAAAGAUAUAAAGAGCUACAGAUUAUGUUCAAAGCUAUCUUUAGUGAAAGGGAUUAACGAUUCGGUUCAAAGCUAUCUUCAGUGAAAGGAUGUACAUAUUCUGUUCAAACCUAACAAGUGAAAGGGUGUACAUAUUCUGGUCAAAGCUAUCUUUAGUGAAAUGAUUACAGAUUCUGAUCAAAGCUGUUUUUAGUGAAAGGAUGUACAUAUUCUGUUCAAAGCUAUCUUAGUGAAGGGCUAGACUGAGUGUGUUUAAAGCGAUACCUAGUGAAAGGAUGUUAAUACUAUGUUCAAAUCUAUCUUUAGUAAAAGGAUGCACAUAUUCUGUGCAAAGCCAUCUUUAGCAAAAGGAUGUUAAUACUACUUUCAAAUCUAUCUUUCGUGAAAGGAUGUACACAUUGUAAUCAAAGCUAUCUUUAGUGAAAGGAUGUACAUAUUCUUAUUCUAUUCAAAGCUAUGUUCUUUUCGAGAAAAUUAUGCUAAGCUACGGUAUAUUUCUCUUAUCGAUCAGUGUUCUUUAUCUCAUAUCUCGCAAUUAUUAAUACACUAUAUAUAUGUUGUGUACAAGUUGUAAUGUUGUACAAAUUAUAAUUUUGUAUAUAUAUUGUUUGCAUUUACCUCGCCUUCGGUAAGCAUGUAAAUAAUUGCAAAUGAAUGGUUAAGCUCCAAAGUUAAUGCAGAGUAUUUAAUGUGAAACAAAUAAAAACAAUCAUUUAUAGAACCACUAAUUUUA